UGGGCGUGCAAUGCUGAACGUAUGUUCUGAGCACAGCAACAACAGUGUCAACACAUGGUGGUUCAUGGCGCACCUUCACUGUCCUCCUGGCCCUGAAAAUCCACAGGGGAAUCAUGCAGUACGCUCAGACAAGCUCAAAACCAUGCUGAUUGACUUUCUAGGCAGCCUUGUUGAGUAGAGCAAUCUUUCGAUGCUCACGGAGUCAUGGCGAGCUGGCUGAGCUCGAGGUUGAAAGCUGCGGAGCAAUUCCUUAACCAAAUAGACGCAACUGCGGCGGACCGUGCACUGAAGGCCAAGGAGCGCUUGCAGCAGGGCCUCGGUUCCGACACUGAGGGCGCCGAGCCCCGCUACAACAAUGACUUCUCCCGGACCGUUAGCGAUCUCUCCUUUACUGAUGAAGGCCCUGCCACUGGUCGCACUUCCGGCCACAGCGGAGAUGAGAGCUCGGAAGCUGCUUUCUCAGCUAGGCGAGAGGGCUUUUCUCGAGCCCCCCAAUCAAGGGAGCGGAGCUCGUUCAAGAAGGUCGAAGCGCCCCCCGCUGCGGAUUGGACAGAGUUGCUUAGAAGUGACAAGAAUGGACCGGGGAGCGGUGCAAAACUUGUGCGCACGGCUAGUAACGUCAGUGCGCAGGCCCCUCGGGCGUCCCGCGUUCCCAAUAGGGGGGGAAGUGGUCCUGUUGAUUCAGCCCCGCAAUUGCAAAUGCCACUUCCGAAAACCGAUGGGAAGGUUUCUGAGGGAAAGACGGGCAGCAUGGUUCUGCCAGCGGAGUCUUCGUCCGGGUCUGUGGUCACAGCGCCUGGCAAGUUUCCUUCUGCACUCGAAGAUGAGGCACUGUCAAUUAGAAGCAAUGACCGACGGCCGUCUGACGAAGGGGCAACUGCUAACAAGGGGGAAAUGGGUACGGCGCCGGGGGGUGUGAAUGGACAAGCUGACUGUGUAAAGGGGCGUCACGAGGGGGCAGUGAUGGACCAACCUGAGUCUAUAAGCUCGUCUUUGGAGCCUGUUCACACCGUCGACGCUGAUGAACCUGGGACCAGCGAAUUGAAGCAGGAAACCGAGCAACAGCGGGGCAUAGUGCGAAAUGGUUCGGGGCUAGAGGCUGUCAUUCCCACCAGUGACAGCGAGGAAGAGAGUGUGGCUGCAGUGGAAGGGCGGCGAAGCAGUGGGAGCGGGGACGAGAAAGGGGGCGUGUCUGGUGGGGAGACAGAGGGGCAACUGGGGACCGUUUCUGAAUCUGUGCAACAACCGCCGAGCGCAGUCGAGGGCGGCGAGUCAGCUGCUGGGUUAGCGGUAGCCGCCACUACUCCAGAAACAAGUAAUUCUGAAGAAACGAACCAAUCGAGCGCAGUUCGUGCAGAAAGAGAGGGGUUUCCCACACCCAUAGAGGCCAGUUCCGCUCGCACAGUAAGUGCAGCUCGUGAGUCGUUGCCAAUCCCCCCUGAAGAGGAGAUGCCUGGACCCAGCAAACCAGAAAGCAGCACGAAGGAGAAGAAAGCAGGGUCGCAUCAGCGGAACUUCUCGAUGCGCGAGUAUCUGGGGCAAGAUCUGUCGGUGAAGGAGAUUGAAACGGAGGGCGUCGACACGGAUGCGGACAGCGAGAGCGGGACGGAUGAGGAGACGGACUCGGAUUCAGAUGACAGCGAGGAUGAGCGCGCGGCGGAACUGCAGCGGCAGAAAGAGGAGGCAGAGCGACAAGCGAUCGAGCGGCAGAAGGCGGCCGCCGCCGCGGCUGCGCUCGAAGUGACCGCUGCAGAGACGGCGGGCCGUGCGGUGAAGGAGCGAGAGGACGUCGUGGCGCUGCUGGAGAAGGAGAAGGAGGAGCUGCAACUAGAGGCGGCGGAUGCCUUAGAGAAGCACGCAAAAGAGAUUGCGCGGCUCCGUGCGACGGCAACAGCAGGGUCCAAAGCCGCCCACGUGGAGAAGUCGUCUCACAGUAGCACCAGAAUGGAGACGUACAGCAAAGAGGAACAGCUCGUGAUGGAGAAUAUUGAGAAAGCGAAGGCUCUGGCGGCGGCGCAGCGGGCGCUGGAGGGCGUCGUGGCCCAGGCUUUGGAAGCGCGGCGGAGAGUGGAGGAACGGGAACUGCACCGGGCAGAGCUUCAAAAGCAGCUGUCAGAAGCGCAGCAGCAAUUGCGACGGCUGCAGGAGAGUCCUGAGCCCGCGGCCUCCACGUCAGCUCAGGCGGCGACCGCGCUUGCCGCCGAGCGGGAGCGCGUGGAAGCUGACGUCACGAGGAAAAAGCAGCGGGUUAUCGAGCUCGAGGCGCGGCUGGCAGCGGUGGCGGGGCAGAAGCGGGAGCCGAGCGAGCGGGAGCGAGAACUAGAGCGGCGGCUACAGAGCCUGACAGACCACCUGAUCCAGAAGCAGGCGCAGGUGGAGGCGCUCGCCAGCGAGAAGGCCACGCUCGCGCUGCGGCUUGAGACCGUCAGCUCGAGCCUGCACGACGACGAGAAGGGCGACGGUCCGUUCCGGAAGCGGAGCAAGCACACCCGGCAGAGCGGAACGGAAUGGUGGCUAGAGGACGACCUUGAAUACGGCUCCGCCAACGAGCGUGCUGGUCGGAGUGGCCGCCCGGCCACUUUCGAUUCCGACGCUUCUGACGAUGACGACUCAAAGAAGCAUCGGGGCAGCAUCCUCCCGGGCGCCCUCGUCACUGCGCUCCAGCGCUUCGAUAGCCUCACUCUCGGCGGCGGGCGGUUCCUCCGGUUCAACACCCCCGCCCGCGUCUUGCUUGCGCUUUAUCUCCUCCUGUUGCAUGCGUGGGUGCUGUUAGUCUGGUCGGUCCAGUCCGACCAUGCACUCAGUAACAGCGCGGCAGGGGUGAAUCAUGCGGUCGGAGGAGCGGCGAGCAAAGAGGUGUCAGACGUGUGGCUUCCGGGGAGGGGCCACUGACGUCGGCGCUCUGCCUCAAGGUCUGCGACGUCUCAAUUCUGAGCUAUCAUAGAAGGCUUCCGGCA